AUGUCAAAGGGCUCGCGCUGCGCCAAUGGGCACGCAAAUCGUUCAACCUCUCACGCGACCCUCCCAAGUCAUCACCGAGUGUAUGGGGAAGCGGCCUCUGCAAGCGAGCGUACCGUCGAAGACGGUAGACGGAGCCUGCUGGCAGUCACAUCCGGCUACGACAAGCGCGACAUUUACAAUCUCGACGAGACCGCGUACUUUUACUGUUCCACCCCAUCGAAGACCGUAUGCACAAAAGGCAUUCCUGGGCGAAAGAAGGUCAAGAAACGGAUCACGGUUGCGGUGACAAGCAAUGCUGAUGGUUCGUCCAAGUGGCCGCUGCUCUUUAUUGGAAAUGCAAGGAAGCCCCGUUGCUUUGGCCCAACUACUGUGGCAGACAUGGGUGUCGAGUACGACUCGUCAAAGAAGGGCUGGAUGACCGGCACAUUGUUAGCCCACUGGAUUGAAGCUUUCAACACGGCAAUGCGUCAACAGAACCGACAUAGGUUUAUCGACAUCGCUGGAAUUCAAGUCCAUGAAUUCCAUGUCGCUCAAACCUACUUGCACCACGACCAUUCAAUUGUAGCAGGCGCCACCUUAAACUCCAACCACACAAACAAAACCGACACAAAAGUCAUGAAUAUCGCUGCCAUGCUUGAGCGCUUUCAGGUGCUCAAUGUCUCCGACCAGCUCUUUUUUGACGAGAGCCUGAACGACUACGGCACGCUAGCCGAGGAAGCAAACGAUUUUCCAGCCUACGACAACCCCGUAAUUGACAAAGUACUUGAAGACGGAGGAGACCAAGCAUUCCGCACCUUCACGAACUUCACUCCGGCAGAAUUCGAUGUGAUCUGGACUGUUGUCGAACCCGCACUGCACGCUCGCUGGCAAGAAGGACGCGGUCGCAAAUCCCCGACCACAGCUCGGGACGCCUUCUUCAUUACCCUAGUAAUAUUGAAGUAUUUUCAAACCUGGGAGAAGCAUGCCGUUGACUUCGGAAUUAAAUCACCCACCUUGGAGAAGAUGGUCAUGCGAGUCAUCGAGGUUGCCCAACCCGUACUGUACGAUCACUUUGUCCGAAUGCCAUCUAUGAGACAAAUGCGUGAGACGUCAAGCUUAUUCGAGCACUACCCAUGUGCGAAGUAUGCCACCGACGUCAAAUUUCAGCCGUCACAUCGACCGACCAGACGGUUCGGAGAACAGAAGCACUUCUUCAGCGGGAAGCACAAACUGUACGGUCUCAAGAUUGAGGCCUCCGUGUCCCCUGAUGGCUUCCUUGUGGACAUGAGUCCACAUGUGCCGGGGUCUGUCUCGGACAUCACGAUCUUCCGGUCACGAAUGGACGUCCACGAAGCUGCCCUAGCCAAGGAUGAGCAUGACCUGACAAUCAACGACAAUGGCGAACUCUUUCAAACCUUUGGAAGCCAGAGGGCUGUCCUCGUCGACAAGGUGUAUAUUGGUCUUGCCAACGACAUCCGCGCAAUUAAUCCCAAGAAGCGUCCUGUCAACGGCAUCCUCGAUCGUCACGACCUUGACCGCAACAAUGCCAUCUCUUCCGAUCGCGUGAUCGUCGAGAACUUCUUCGGACGCGUUUGCCUUCUCUGGAAGGUCUCCAACAGCACGUUCGUAUAG